AUGAUGAGCCAUAGUUCUUGUUUUGAUGCGAAUUCGAGUCGGAGCUGGGGUCCUCAUUGCAAUUGCGGUAGAGUAACAACGGUUGCAAAGUCAUGGACAAAUGAGAAUCCACGUAGAAGAUUUUUCAGGGGCGUUGUUCAUGGGUUUAUUAAUUGGGCAGAUGAAGAAAAGCCAAAUGGUUGGCAGAAGGUCAGCUUACUAGAGGCAAGGGAGGAGAUCAAGGUACUAAAAGAAUCUACCAUAAUGAGUAUAAAUUCCCUUUAAUAUACUGUUUUUUGUUUAUACUUUUAUCUUUAGGGUGCAUAUGUAUUACGUGAUACGGUCUACAUUUAUGAUUGGUAUUUGGGAGACUCUAUCAUUGCUGAGGGUCGAUUGUAUUCGACUGAACCCAAGGCGUUGGUGAACAAUAUUCCUCUUGGCCUAAAUGCAGCAAUUGUGAAGGUUGAGAAAGUUCUUAACAAAGAUGCGUAAUUGUGGAGACCAUCUACCGAAAUGUCUAUCAUGUCUAAAGCACUACAUAAUAUCGUCUGACUUAUUCACAAUGUAUAGUUGGUGAAUUUAUCUGCAAGAGAGGAAUCAGCACCUAAAAAACCAUCACCUGUGGUCCCAAUGCGAGCAAGGUAUGGGUUGAAGUAUCAAAGGUCGGGGAUGCAAGAGUAUGGAGACUAAAUUCUGAAGUUGAGACCAUUUCCGACGCAAUAAGUACUACAGUAGUUUGGCCUAAUGAUAAACUUGUGUUUCUCUAAAAUCCUUAAUGGUGGUUCGUUCCUUGUUUUGAAUACUUUUAUUAAGUACUAAACUUAUGUCUAUCUUUGAGUACUUUUUUUUUUUUUGGUAAGAUCUAUCUUU